AUGCGAGCUCGCUCUUCAUAUCGUUGUUUAACGACGAAGGUUAAAGUUGAAGACGCCAAUGUUAUUCAAGGUUUCAUUUUCCUAAUUUUUGAAUUUGUUAAAAAUUGUUUCAUUACAGGUGCUUCGCAGCAAGUCUUUGAUAGCGAGCUCUUUGACCAUUUGAGAAAUGUCGUAUAUGGCGAUGAACGGACUAUCGAUAAAAUCGUUGUGACUUUAGAAAAUGGAACUCAAGGCGAGGAGAAGAAUCUUGAGGUUUUAGCGAACCGGAACCUUUCUUCUCAUUAUGACUGUUUAUUGCGUGAGCUUUUUUUUCCAAGUAGUAGAAAAUUUUUUUUUCCAGAUUCUUCCAGUCUUCUUGCCGAUAACUGCGCUUUAGUGAAGGUUCACCCCGACAGUUUUUCGGCAAAAACCUAUCUCCGCAGUGUAAAUGCCCCCGUAACAGGCGUCUGUAACAUAACGCCGCUCACUUUCGAAUGCACCGAGUCCGAUUUGAUCGAGGACAUCAACCAGGUUGAAUUUCGUUGCUUUUCCAAUCAUUUUUUGUCCUUCAAGGCUUUUUGGCGUUCCUGUCGUGUGUUGGCCAGCGCUGUAGUUGCGAGAACUUUCAACGACGUUCGUUUGAGGCCCUUGACAUCCUCCACCUCACACUGUGAGAGUUUUCGAUUUGAGCUGUUUUGCAAAGCUUUCUUCCAGUCUCAGACGGAUUUUUCACUGUUAAUGCCGACGGUUUGAGCGACGUACUGCCUUCGAGGGUGUGUUCUUCUCCUCUUAAAAUACGUCUUUGGUUUAUAUUAUAGAACGAAUUGUCCGUUUUGAAUUCGAUGGCCAGAAGAUUUCUGCAGUUGAACGUUCCUUUCGAGUGCGUUAACCUAUCUCCAUCUCAGGCUCAAGAGUACAACAUCAACGGGUAAUUAUUUUUCAAGAAGAAAAGAAAGAUUGAAUUUCGAAACGCAGGGACUCAUUAGUCAGAGUGGACGGGUUUGUAACGGCAGUUGAAGGGCCCGUUAUUCGAUCUACCAAACUUAUCGGCGAUUUCAAAAUUUUCGAUGUUUGUUUUUCAAUGAUUUAUUGGUUUUUUCACCGUAGUAAUUUCCAAAUGACUUUUCAAUGAUCAAUUUGAAGACGAAACUGCGAGAUGGAGUUACUUUCGCUGGAGUCGCACUUCCGCGGGGUCAGUCCACGUCUAACUACGCCUGGAAUCUCAUUGUACAAAACGGUAUGCGCAAAUUCUCGCAUCUGUAG